AUGGUCCGUCAUAAAAAAGACAACUUCUCACGGGGAGGCAAGAAGUCCUCGCACCCCCGCCCCCGACCGGUGCCCCGCGGCGAUGGCGAUGGCGACGACGCUGCGCCCUCACGGCCUGCUUUCAGAGCGGCCUGCUGGGACAUGGGACAUUGUGACCCGAAGCGAUGCUCGGGGAAAAAGUUGAUGAAGUUGGGAUUGAUGCGGGAGCUUCAUAUUGGCCAGCGAUUUCCUGGCGUGAUCGUUUCGCCUAAUGCGAAGAAAGUCAUAUCCCCUGCCGACCGUGAACUUAUGGAACAACAUGGCGCAGCCGUGGUGGAGUGCUCCUGGGUGCGAGUCAAGGAAGUGCCUUGGUCGCGAAUCGGUGGAAAAUGCGAACGACUACUACCCUAUCUCAUUGCUGCCAACACCGUCAACUACGGCAAGCCUUGGCGAUUGAACUGUGUCGAAGCGCUCGCGGCUUGUUUCUGCAUUUGCGGACAUGAGGACUGGGCCAGGGAGAUCCUCAAGAACUUCAGAUAUGGAGAAGCCUUUUUGGAUAUCAACUCCGAACUCCUCAGCCGAUAUGCCGCUUGCCAGACAGAAGAAGACGUGAAGCGGACGGAAGAGGAGUGGCUUGCUAAGAUUGAACAAGAGUACGAGGAUAGCCGUGUGGAAGGAGGAGACGACAUGUGGACAGUCGGAAAUACCAAUCGGAAGCCCGCCGCCCAAGACUCCGAGGACGAAGACGAAGACGAAAGCGGAGAGGACGGCAGCGAGGCCGAGGGCGAGGAAGAAAGCGAAGAUGAGGCAGACAAAGAUCCGUUUGCGAUCUCUGACGACUCCGAAGACGAAGAACAGAUGGCUGAGAUUCGGCGCAAGAUCCUUGAUUCUAAAGCAUUCCAGAACCCACCCGCGUUGGAGAAGGAGCAACCGGAGAAGAUUGCGCGGCCAGAGGCUGUGUAUGUGGACUCAGAUGCCGAAUCUGGCUCCGCUGGAAGCGAGGACGAGGAUUUCGACAACAUUAUCAAUGCGACUACGGUCACAGACCGCACUGGAAUCAAGGAGAUUCAGCGGCAGCGGGGCAAGGAGACUGUUAGUGCCUCAUUCUCGCGAACUGAAAUUUCCGCACCAAAGCGAUGGUGA